UCAGCCCAGACCCAUAUGCUCUGGGUUCCCAAGGCCACUGCUCUCUGGCUCAGUGCCCUUCUCCUGCUCCUGAAUGCCUGCUUCUCCUGGACUAGGAACCCUGUGGGCUCACACUCCCUGCGGUAUUUCUCCAUUGUCAUGUCCUGGCCGGGCCUCCUGGAGCCACGGAUUAUAGUCAUUGGCUCCAUAGAUGAUAUGGAGUUCGUGCGCUUGGACACCGACGCUGAGACUGCAAGGGUGAAGCCCCUUGCACCUUGGCUGGAGCAGGAGGGGCUGGAGUACUGGGAGCAGCAGGUUCACAAAGUCAAGACUCAAGCACAACAGGCUGAAAGGAACCUGAUGAGGCUGGUUCGUUUUUACAAUAAGAGCAUGAACGACUUCCACAUACUACAGUGGCAGCAAGGCUGCGAUGUGGGGUCAGAUGGGCGCCUGCUUCACUGGUACGACCAGCUCGCCUUUGAUGGUGUAGAUCACCCCACCCUGAACAAAGUCCUGCGUUUCUGGACAGCGGGGACCAGCACUGUAGCUCAGAUCUCUCAGCCCGAGUUAGAAGCUCGCCUGAAAGACAACUGCUCAGAGCUGCUGCAGAAAUACCCAGAAAAGGAGAAGGAGAGGCUGCUGCGUUCAGACCCCCCAAAGGCACAUGUGACCCUUCACCCCAGACCUGAAGGUGAUGUCACCCUGAGGUGCUGGGCCCUGGGCUUCUACCCUGCUGACAUCACCCUGACCUGGCAGUUGAAUGGGGAGGACCUGACCCAGGAAAUGGAGCUUGUGGAGACCAGGCCUGCAGGGGAUGGAACCUUCCAGAAGUGGGCAUCUGUGGUGGUGCCUCUAGGGAAGGAGCAGAAUUACACAUGCCAUGUGGAGCAUGAGGGGCUGCCUGAGCCGCUCACCCUGAGAUGGGAGCCUGCCCAGGACUCCACCACUACAAUCAUUCAAAUUAUUCUACCAACUGUCUCUGCAAUUGCCCUCUGUGUUGCUGCUGUGGCAAUUUGUAUAUGCCUGGAGAAGAAGGCAGGUGAAAGAGGAAGGCACGACACCCAGGAAGCAGACGGAGACAGUCCCCAAGACUCUAGCAACACUGUUGUGGAUGACAGUCCCCAAGACUCUAGCAACACUGAGAUCAAGGAUCCCUUUUGGAAGAUUGAGUACUACAAGAAUCAUCUAGGCCACCGCUCUGGGACUUUAGGAUUGCUUAGCUUGUCACCCUAA